AUGAAGUUUAGACAACUGGUCACAUCUUACCAAUGCGGAGUUUCUCUUGUGGUUUACAGACUGUCAGGAGCCAGCCUACCACCCCACUGUGACAUGGAUUCCUGUACCUCUGAGGAAUUCUACCAGGCUGUUCACCACGCGGAGCAAACCUUUAGAAAGAUGGAGAGCUACCUGAAGCAACAGCAGCUCUGUGACGUUAUCCUGAUUGCUGGGAAUCGCAAGAUCCCUGCACAUAGACUUGUCCUCAGUUCUGUCUCUGACUACUUUGCUGCCAUGUUUACAAGCGAUGUUUGUGAAGCCAAGCAAGAAGAGAUCAAAAUGGAAGGCAUAGACCCCAAUGCACUAUGGGAUCUUGUUCAGUUUGCAUAUACAGGCUGCCUGGAACUGAAAGAAGACACCAUUGAAAAUCUUCUGGCAGCUGCCUGCCUCCUCCAGCUCCCGCAAGUGGUAGAGGUUUGCUGCCAUUUUCUAAUGAAGCUUCUGCACCCAUCCAACUGUUUGGGAAUACGAGCGUUUGCUGAUGCGCAAGGAUGCACAGAGCUUAUGAAGGUGGCUCACAACUACACCAUGGAGAAUAUAAUGGAAGUCAUAAGAAAUCAAGAAUUUUUACUUCUACCAGCUGACGAACUCCAUAAACUUCUUGCCAGUGAUGAUGUGAAUGUUCCUGAUGAAGAGACUAUUUUCCAUGCCUUAAUGAUGUGGGUGAAGUAUGAUAUGCAGAGGCGAUGCAAUGACCUAAGUAUGCUACUUGCUUAUAUCAGAUUACCACUGCUUCCACCACAGAUAUUGGCUGACCUAGAAAACCAUGUGCUUUUUAAGGAUGACCUAGAAUGCCAGAAGCUUAUUCUGGAAGCCAUGAAAUACCAUCUUUUACCAGAGAGAAGAACUCUUAUGCAAAGUCCAAGAACUAAACCUAGAAAAUCUACAGUUGGGACACUUUAUGCUGUUGGAGGAAUGGAUAACAACAAAGGUGCUACAACUAUUGAAAAGUAUGAUCUCAGAACAAAUAUAUGGAUCCAGGCUGGAGUGAUGAAUGGCAGGAGGCUUCAGUUUGGUGUUGCUGUUAUCGAUGACAAGCUGUUUGUCAUUGGAGGCCGGGAUGGUUUAAAGACAUUAAACACUGUUGAAUGUUACAAUCCAAAGACCAAGGCUUGGACUGUGUUACCACCAAUGUCAACGCAUAGGCAUGGCUUAGGAGUUACAGUGCUUGAAGGGCCUAUUUAUGCAGUGGGAGGACAUGAUGGAUGGAGUUAUUUGAAUACAGUUGAGAGGUGGGAUCCUCAAAGUCAGCAGUGGACAUUUGUGGCAAGUAUGUCAAUUGCCAGAAGCACUGUUGGAGUAGCAGCAUUAAAUGGCAAGUUAUAUUCAGUUGGAGGUCGUGACGGAAGUUCGUGUCUGAGUUCAAUGGAAUAUUAUGAUCCUCACACAAAUAAAUGGAAUAUGUGUGCUCCUAUGUGUAAGAGAAGAGGAGGUGUAGGAGUGGCUACGUGUGAUGGCUUUCUUUAUGCAGUUGGAGGACAUGACGCUCCUGCUUCUAACCAUUGUUCCCGAUUGCUGGACUAUGUAGAAAGGUAUGAUCCAAAAACUGAUACAUGGACAAUGGUGGCUCCACUGAGUAUGCCUCGAGAUGCUGUUGGUGUCUGUCUCCUUGGUGACAAAUUAUAUGCAGUAGGUGGCUAUGAUGGUCAAACAUACCUGAACACUAUGGAAGCAUAUGACCCUCAGACUAAUGAAUGGACACAGAUGGCUUCCCUAAAUAUUGGAAGAGCUGGUGCCUGUGUUGUAGUCAUCAAACAACCAUGACUUUGUUAGCAGUGCUUAGGACUUUAUUGACUGUGAAAUGAUUAUUUUUCUAUCAGACAACGAGAAUGGUAACUUCAUCAGAACAAGGAUUUACACAGUGAAUACUCUGUUGAUUACAAACUUGAAGAAGUUUGGAAAUGAGAAAGAUUAAGUAUUUAUGCCCUAUAAAAUCAUAAAAACUGUUCACAGUCAGUGAACAAGAAAAAAAAAUCAGGCUGUUUUAGGCAUAAAUAUGUGAACAUGGAGUAAUAAGUUCAGGUACUCCUCUCAUGAAUGUGUCCUGGAGAACUGGAUAAUCAAGGGACAGCUCUACACAAGGAGCAGGAGGGAAUACGAGAACAGUUUUCAUGGCUGCAAGAGUUUUAACUGCAGAAACAUCAAAGUACAUUUGAUCACUUUUAAACUGUGUUUUUUUAAAAAAAGAGAAAAGUAGACAAUAAUAUAAUUUUUUCUGUUCAGGUCUUGUCUUCAAAUGGGUUAUGACCUAAUUUAAACAAGCAGUUUAGUUCUUACUGAAAGGAAAAGGUAGACAGGGAAAGCCUGUGUGUUUAAUCUAAUUAUACACAAAGCAAUCCUUUGGCUGCACUGGGGCUUUGGUUCAAAUAUGGGAGUCAAAAGAACAAUUUCUUAAUUCUCUUUUAAUCUUAUAUUCAAUUUAAGCAUGUGGGAUCUAAUCUCAUUAUUUAAUGCAUCUUCUGCAUGUUGGAAGCUCAUGAAAAACUGGAAAAUGGAUACUGUUCCUUCACUGUAUCAUGUACCAGAUGAACCAUGACCAGAACAGUGUAUAGAGUCUCUUCUAACAUUUCAAAAGGGAUGAAAAUACUGCAUUUUAUUUCUUUCUGAUGCUCGUACAUACACAACCUUGCCUGAUUAGCGCUGCCAAUUUAUGACUUUCCAUUUACGACUGCAAAUAACUGCAAGUAGGGUAUUCAGAAUAAGUGCAAGUGGAAUAAGGAAAAUUAGACCAUUUGAUCUAAUAAAGUUCAUAUGGUAAAUAUACUAGUGUCAUCUGUGCUUCCCUUUAGAGUUGAUCAUUUCUGGCAGUAAUGCUUCUUCGAGCUUUUGCCUUGGCAGUAGAUUUGACAUUGAUGCUUAGCUGAAUCAGUUAGAAUCCUAAGGACACUAAUGGAAUAUGAAAUUCUGAUUUUCAGGGAGGCCCAGGCUCUGGGAACAGAACUUCCAAGCAUACUUCUUCUUUAAACCUUUGUGGAUCCUUUAGGAAUUAUUUCAUGGUCCAAAAGCAGAAACCUCAGAGUCCUCUGUCACUAACAAUUUUGGGAAAGAAUUCUGUUUGCAGUUUAAAGAGUUUUCCUCGUGGAAACCUUUAAAACCAUUUGAGAUGAAAAAAAAACAUGCAGCCUCUCACUUGGGAUAUUUGAUUUGAAGAUGUAUCUUUUCUUCUAAGAGCAUCAACAUCCAUGGAGAUCUUUGUUUCCUGACACAAACUGAACUUCAGUAUGGAAGUCUAAGUAUACUGGUUUAAAACUUUUUAUAUGCUUCUCUGUUCGAAUUAGAAAUCAGCUGCAAAUCUUUAAUAUUAGUUUUCCACAGUCAGUUGGCUUUUGAAUUGCAAUUAGUCUUUCUUCCACAGAGAAGUAUGUCCAUUUUUCCCCAACUAUAACAACUUGUUGAAUAAAAGAUGUUGCCCCUCUACAGAUUUUCCUUCACAUAAACAUAAGCUUCUGAAAUCAAAACAAAAAGGUUCUAGAAUAACAAUUGCAGUUAAAUAUAGACAUUAGCAUUCAGUUCUCCUACACAGAUACCUAAUGAACUUAGAAAUUGAAUUUUAAUUCUAUUCCCAGAACUUCCUUUUGAUUACAUUAUAUUCAUACACAAUAGAAAUGUGAUUACGCUACCUGUAUACUGACCUUCAAAAAGGAUUACUUCUAUUAAUUGCAAUCGACCACAGAUUUUUUUUUCUGUGCCUUGAUCAUUUUUAUCCUCAUUUUAUACUCAUCCAUAUUUUUUAUUCUCAAUUUCCUUUACACAUUUUCAAUUUGCCUUAUUUAACCAAAUUGAAAUAUUAUUCUCAUGUGAAAAUUUUCCAGCUACUACAGUGAUUUUAUGCUGAAAGAAUAAUAUUAUAAAUUUGUUUUAUUUAGAUUAUGGAAAAUCUAACCACAAUAGGAGCCAAAUUUGGCUUUCAGAUUCUUUUUAUGUACCUACAUCAAUAAGUUCUGGAGUUCUUGUAAACAGAAUUUAGGAAGAAUUUUUGAUUGAAUAUUUUUUCCUGUCUUUGUGUUUACUCUGUUCUUAUUAAAAACAAUAACAGUUUUACCUUUGAGUUCAAAGGGAAUGGAUUUGGUUUCUGAGAUCUAUUAAGAUCUCUUUUUUAUUUAUAAGAGUUAAAAUUGCUUCUGACAGACAGUUGUGCUAAACAAUAUGAAUUCAAAGCAAAAGCAGCUGUUUUUUCAAAAGUCAGAUUAUCUCAACUUUGUUAAUAUAGCAUGGUACCUUUCCUCUCAAAUAAUUCCUUUCAUUUAAUAUGAAAAUCACAGUGGAAUCAGAUCUGCAGCAAAUAUUAAAUUCAGUGAAAUCAAUAAUUAAAUUUCUCAAAAUGUUACUGGAAAAUUUUAUCCUAAAAAUAUUUUAAGUAUGUUCUAAAAUGUUAGCAUUUUCUCUGUCUUUCCAAUUCUUUUUAUUCAUGGAGGCAUACUUUUUUUUUUUUCCCAGAAUGUUAACCAGUUUUACUAGAAAGUCUUUAAUUCACAUUAACCUGUGUUUAUACAUGUGAGUUAUACCCAUUUUUUUCCUACUGUUGCCCUUCCUUAUAUAUGAACAUCUUUUGCAUUAAUCAAACAUAAGUAAAAGUAAUUAAUAUUAAGGUUCUCUGGCAUAAUUAAAAUUAAGGUGCUCAGGGAGAAGCCUUGCAUUUCUCUGUUAUAUGUGUCAAAAAGUCCUUUUGUUUUUAUUGUUUGUUAGAGAUUUUAUUAAUUUUUUUCUUGUUUUUUACUUGUUUUGAGAUAGGAGGAAGAUCAAGUACAUGAGUGCUAGAAAAGCUAUUUUUAAGUGACCAAAUCUAUACAUACUUUUAUUGGAAGAUAGAGAAAAUUGUACUGGAAGAAAGUGGCCAUUAUUGUGCCUGAGGAUUUAUAUUCAAAAGCUUUCAUUGACACAAAAAAAAAAAUAUCUGUGUUCUUUCUUCAGUUUCCCUCCCCAACUCUUGUCAAGUCCUUUGGGACAUUAGAGAUCAAUGACAGCCAAUUAUGAUGCAGAGGUUUUUUCUCUUUUUCCUUUCAUUGAUUAUUUCUCUAGUGAGGAUAAAACAUUUGCUGCUAAAAAAAAAAAAAAUAGGAAAAAAAACACAGAAGACAAUAGUUAUCUUUGAAAUACAUAUAGAAACAGUACCUAAAAAUACAACGUAAGUAGAUUCCCCAGAAGCGGGAAUAAACUUAUCAGUAUUACAGCUGCGGUAGUGCUGUUAAUGUUUAUUAAUACAAUUAUUAAAGAAAUAGUAGAAGGAAUUACAUUUUGCAAGAGUUUGAUUGGUUGUUUAAGUAAACAAAAUCAAGAAAAUGUCAUAACAUUGUAUUUCAGUUUUUCAAAUUAAUUAGUCUUCUGAUUUAAUUCCUCUCAAAAUGCUAAACAGUAAAACACCAAGAAUAUAUUUUUCUAGAUAUUAGAGCCUUUAUAAAUAUGGAAUAAUUCAGGUUGAACUCAGUAGAAAAACUGAUCAAGCAAAAUAGGUAAAUCUUUUCCUAUGAUUCUGAGGGCCCCAUUUAAAAUUUUUUUCUACCAUUAUAGUAGUAUUAAAAAAUCCAUUUUUUGGAAGAAAGACUAAUCUUGUGAUCCUCUAUUGUUUAUGGAACUGUUGACUACUCUGCAGUUUUAGAACUUUCCUUUAAGUUGCUUUUUUACAUUUACAGUUUUUAUUAUUGAUAGUGAUGGAUGCUAGAAAUAUGAGCAGUAUUAGUAAAGAAGUUCAUAGAAAAAUGAGAUGUAAUAGUCAUUAUUUAGUAGAGUUGUAAUUUUAUUGAAUAUUUGUGCAUUGAAAUCAAAGCCACAAAUAAGGUGAUAAAAAGACCUGGAGGUAAAAAUAUUGUUACUUUGGCUUUAAUUAUAUUUGUUUGAUACAUAUUUGCAUACGUGUUCUUGCAAUCAAAAUACUAAUAUUGUUUAAAAGCAAAAGUAAAUUUUAAAAAAUCCUUUUGCACAUAGAGUAUACUUUUAAUCACAUGAAACUGCUCAAAUUAUUAAGACAUGUAAAGAUGCUUUCAGGGAGUAGCCUGUCUCAUAAUGUUACUCUGUUAAACUAAUAUUCACAUAAGGGAACCAUUCUGGCAUAAUGAGGAUCCCAGAAUGCUCACAGAGUGUGUUUCCAACCUUGGUGGAAGUUUGAUUCAAAGUUAGGUUUCCUACCUAAUACAGCAUGCAGUGUAAUCAGUAUAAUUCUAUCAAAAUAUCAAACUAGAAAAUAUUGUGUGAAGAAUAAAACAGUAGAAUAACAGUAUCUCAGAACUGUAAAAAGAAUAUUAUGGAAACAGAUUUUUGUUACUUACAAGAACACAUUCCCUAAGAGUGCUACAUUUUAUUUCCAACAGAAGCAAUUUGAUUUUGGGGAAAUAACUUUGCAAGCAGUCUACUGGCUUUUAAAUUGAAAUACUGUUUGAAAGAAGUAAUUUCUUAUAUUCCUUCUUGUAAAAUAGGGACUUGACUCUCUACAUUCACCAUAAAAGAAGAAAAAUUGUUAUUUAUCCCAAAGUAAUACUUAAAAUCUCAAUAUUGAAAAACAAUGGCUCAAAUAUAUCUUAGAAGUCAAUAACUAGUUACAUACUUUAAAUUCUGAGAAUAUGAAGUUCUGGGACAUUUUUGCAUCUACUGCAUCAAGCAGAUGUACAUAUGCUAGAUAAUACAGGCUUGCUGCCAACUCAGAAGAGAAUCUCAGUAUGUAAAAGCAACUUCAGAAAUAUUUCUGUUUAAAAAUAGAUUAUCCAUGCAAUAUAUCUGUUCUAACUUAGAUGAGAAUGUAUAAAAUAUUCAGCAGAAUAAUUAUUCUUCAGCUUUAUUCUAAAUCCAGUGUAAAGCUGCUCAAAUUGGCAUAACCUUACAUUUCAUUGCAAAUUCCCUCAUUAUAGUUCUGCUUCAUAGUACUUGGCGAUUAGGUACACUUAUGGGCAGAGAGACUGCUCAAAAUCCGUAAAUCAGCAAAACUUUGAUUUCCACAUGCAGGACUGCAACUGUUGGAAAGUAAACCAUACAGAAAAUUGCUAGCAAAUGUAAGAAAUGCAGUGGCAGGGAACAAUGUAGCCUGUAAUCACUGGCUAUCCACAACCUUCCCUUGCGGAUCUAUGAAGCUGCCAAAUCCAUCACCAUCAAAGGGUUUGAAAAGCAGUCAAAGCUGAGGUAUAAAGAAUUUAGACUUCUAUCACCCCAGAUUUUCGAUGAUGACAUGAUGCUUAUGAAUAAGUAAAUACCAAUUAAUUAAAAAAUCCACUCUUGCAGAAGUCUAGUACUUUUCAGAAUUAGGUCUGUGAACCAGGAUCAUAUUCAGUCUUCAUCACUUAGACGGGUAGGCUGUGUGCGGUCUGGUAUCCUUUGUGAACUGUAUGUAAUGUAGAAGCUGACCCUAACAAAAGUCAGUGGAGAGGGAUGACUUUGAAGGCCUCCAGGAAGAAAUAUUGUUCCAUAGGUGAGUUAUUUAAAUUAAGUAAAUGAGCAUUCAGUUUAGUUGUCCCCACAUAAGUGUCUAAUACCAUGUGAGAUACCCAAAAUUAUCUAAGACAUUCACACUGGGCUGGCAGGUAUGACACAGAUGAAGUUUUGGGGUGCCAACAAAAGUUAAAAUGAGAAACUCUAUCCCAGAUAUUAGGUGCCCGUGUGCAGGCAAAUAGAAUCCACAAUCACUCAUAUAUACAAAUAUAUGCACACCCAGUGCCAUUAGAUGUCUGAAGGCAGCUUCUUGUAACCCACCUGGGUGAUAAGACUGAAUUUAAAAACAUUGUACUUGAGUCGCUUAAGCUUGAAAAUAUUAACCUUGAUUGUCCAAUGAAUGACACAUGUAGUGAACAUAGGUGUGAGAGCACAGUCAAUUAACACUCAUUAAUACUGCAGUGAUAUAGUUAACUAUGGGAAAUGCUAACUUGAUGAGAUCCUCUUUAUCACAAAAAAUAACUUCUGUGCAUCACUUCAGUCAAAAAUUUGUUCUAUAAGCAAGUCAUGAAUAAAUCACCCUUACUCAGCAGAGUUAUUAAAAAAAAUUCACCUACAGUAGGUGGUGUUUUCCAGUGUAGAGUUCUUGGUUUUGUUUUGCUAUUUAAUGGUAAAGCAUUUCCUAAUGCAAUUCUGUAAAGAUUUGGAUGGCAUAUUUCAGUCACAUAGCAGAAAAUCUCACAUGUAAGCCAUAGUGUGGAAAUGGAGUAUAUUGGGGUUUAGGGUUUGGGGUUUUUCUUGUAUCUACAUCUGUGUAUUUUCCAGGGUAUCAAUGAACUUAAAAUAGUCAUUUGUCCCAUAUGAAAGGAAAAAGAGAAAGAAGACUUGCAGUAGCAGGCUGAAUGAAUAAAUAUGCAGUUCUUUAUUUCUUUCAUAUAGAAUGGUCUCAAAUAUAGAUAUCUACUUUGUAAAUGUCCACAACAGAAUUAUACAUCCUAAGCUUUUUUUUUUUUUAAUCACUAGAAUAGCAAAAUCAGUAUUUCUAGGACAUGAUUCAUCUCAUUCUAAAAGUUAAAUAAAUCACACUUUGAAAGUGUGCUUCUCCUCAUUGACUGCAAAAGGUGCCUCAAAUGGCUAGUUCAGAUGCAGACAUUCACACCCUGGACACCUGCAUUUCUUAAGAUAAAUAUUAAGGUUGAGUGAGAUGAAUCUCUAAAAUCUGAUAAAUGCUUAGAAGGAACUGGCCAUGCAAACAUUUAUUUCAAAUAACUAUGACAGGAAUUCCAUUUAGAACAUAACUGCAAGACUCAACUAGGUACUGGACAAAACCAAUUUCCCUGCUCUGAAAUCAACCACUGUUGUGAUCUUCAGAGAGUGAAUAAUUUUGAGCUGCCAAACGACAUGCAAAAGAAGUAAAUGACAUCUCUUCAUUAACCUAGAAGGAGAAAACGUAUUCAGAAAAUGGUAGCUGCACGUCCUGGUUACCUAGGUUUUAGAUAUCCAGCUAGAUUUCAGGGAUAUGGGAGCAAUUUAAUACAGUAAGCUCCAAUGCAUUUUCAUGUAGUUAAACUUUAUCAGCUUUCAGAACAUAAAAUAGGACUAUUUAAAAACAUUAGAUUAGUUAGAUUGCUGUAAUAAAUGGGUAUAUAUGGGAAGAGAAAAACAGGAGAAAAACAGACACCUCCCACUAGUUCAUCUCAUCCGAAUACACGCAUACAAAUAAAUCACCUGCUUGAGAAGCAUAGUUUUCCUUUUUGAUUUAUAAACUUGCCAACAAGACUAACCCAGAUUUAGGCACAUAAAUUAGUAGAAAACCCAAAAAAGGAGGCAUAGAAAAAUACCAAAUAGUAUGAUCCAUCUGAAAUUGUAAAUCUACUUGCCUUUCUUAUAGAUUUAUCCAUGUUACCAUUUACCUCAUAAAUCAUAGAAUCAUAGAAUGGUUAGGGUUGGAAGGGACCUCAAAGUUUACAAUUUACAGUUUACAUCACACUACAUAUUCUUUACCAACUCCAUGUAUAUAGACAUAAUUUAGGAAAUGUAUUUUUUGUGAUUAAAGGGAACUUUUGAAAUAAUGAGUCCAUUGUGCAGCUAUUGUAGGUAAAUUGCUUUGUUGUUUUUAUGUGAAUUCACCAUCUUUGUUUGUGCAGUUCUUAAUAACCAAUGGAUACAUUGUUCAUUUCAUUGUAAAUUGUGAAAGUUUAGCACGUCUUAAAAUCACAGACCAUUUUCUUUGCUCUUUAAAUUAAGAUGUUUAUUUUUUUAUUCUAUGUUUAUGUGUGGGACCUUGUAGAAAAAUAAAUGGCAAGAUUCUGCUGGAAUGAGAUUACACAACACAUAAUCUUUUAAAAGCAUAUUUUCUAUGUCAGGAAACUAAGACAUCUUUGGUUAUGUUCAGUUGACAUUAGGGAACUGACUUAGAGUAAUGAAAAAAAUGUAUAAAGAAAAUUAAACAAGGGUCUUCAAUGAACUUUACUUGCUUGACUGCUGUCUUUCCCUUAUUCCUUCCUAAAAAAGAAACAUUAAAAACCCCUAAACCAAACAAUAAUAAUAAAAAAAAAACUUCAAACAACAAGCACAUAAGAUCUAUGUCCUUUUUAAUUUCAGUGUAUGUUCACUAUUUUAUAUUGUCAUAAAUUAUAAUUAAUCAUAAAAUUACAAUUAGAGACGUAACUAGAAUCAUGCAGAAGCAGCUGUUAUGCACAAAAUGGAGGGCUUCAUUAACUGACAAAAAAAAACCAAAACCAAAACACCCACCUCCAAAAAUGAGCAGUAAUUUUUCUAGAAUGGUCAAAUCAACAUAUAGUGUCAGCAAAUUUAUGGCAAUGGUGAUUUAUUCUUUAACUAAAAAGUUUUUACCUUCACCUUGCAUACCAAAAGAUCUUAUAUCAGAUUAUAUCUGUGUGCUGGAGAGGGGAAGCCAAAGGCUGAGUCUCCCCUGCAAGUGGGACAUAGUUAAAGUAAGAGUGUUGUGGAUAGCAGUAUGUAUAAAUAUGAACUUUCCAGUGCUGUCAUAUGAGAGUACAAAUGUUUGCAGAUGUAUUACACGACUUAUGCAUCAAACCAGUCCAGUUAGAAGUUUGGAAUUAUAACUGAAAGCAAAGCUAGUAUUUAAGUAUCAUCUUAGGACAUUGAAGUAUGAGUAUAUUUAGUAUGGCAAGGAACUACAGAGCAAAAUAAAUGUACAAUGGUUUGGAAUGUAAGAGAAUAAAUACAUUAUGAAAAUGUACAAAUAUGGUUGUAAAUACAUUCAAUUAAGCUGUCCUAAAUUUUGCAAUAUUUGCAGAGCAGUUUACAGAAUGUGAUGCUUUUACCAUGAUUCCCUUGUAUCUUGGACAUGUGUGUACAGAAUGCAAGUGAAGACAUAGAGCACAAUGUUUAACUGUAAUCUGGCUUUGUUCGACACAACAUGUUUUUAAGGAAUUUGAAUUCUGAAAAUGUCAUUGUGGAAAAAUAAAUAUGCCUGAUUUUA